AUGGAUAUGAGUGACAGCAGUAAAGGAUUACUGAGCAGUAUCCGCAACUAUCCGCCAGGAGUAUUUUUCAUGCUGGGCAAUGAAUUCUGCGAACGUUUCAGUUUUUAUGGCAUGCGAGCCGUCUUAAUUCUGUAUCUUAUCACCGAGCACCAUUUCACUGAAAGUAAAGCAUCGCUUUUCUACCAUUCAUUCAUUGCAUUUGCUUAUAUCUCACCGUUGCUUGGAUCCGUCGCAGCGGAUAACUAUUUCGGUCGAUUUCGCGUGAUACUUUGGAUGUCUGCUAUUUAUGUAAUUGGUCAUGUAUUGUUAUCAGUCGGUGCUAUACCAGAACUGAAUCAAAGUUUCCGCUUGAUAUUCGAUUUCGGCGGAUUAGCUGUCAUUGCUUUUGCUACCGGUGGUAUAAAACCUUGUGUUUCUGCAUUCGCUGCUGAUCAGUUUGAAGAAAAACAAGUGUAUGAAAGGAAUCAGUUUUUCUCCUUUUUUUAUUUUGCUAUCAAUGCUGGUUCCCUGCUAGCAAUUUUAUUGACACCGAUAUUGAGAGGACGAGUGAAAUGCUUUGGUUCUGAAUAUUGUUUUCCACUAGCGUUUGGUGUUCCCGGUGUACUGAUGUUGCUGGCCUUCAUACUAUUUCUAGCCGGUUGGAAAUAUUAUAAAAUAGUGCCACCAGCAAAGGGUAACGUCGUUUUCAGUGUCAUCUGUUGUAUUUGUUACGCAGUUCGAGAAAAAUUACGCAACGUUUUGAGAGGUCAACACAAAGUUGAACACUGGCUCGAUUACGCUGCACCCAAGUAUAGCAAUCAAUUUUUGCGUGGCGUUAAAAGUUUAGUAGCUGUUUCAAUUUUAUUCGGACCAGUUGUACUGUUUUGGGCAUUGUUUGACCAGCAAGGCAGCACAUGGGUGCUGCAAGCUCGUCGUAUGAAUGGUCGUAUUGGCUCACUUAUGAUACUACCAGAUCAAAUGAAUACCCUUAAUCCUCUUAUUGUUCUUAUCACUGUACCCAUAUUUGAAGCAUGGGUUUAUCCAAUAAUUCAAAGGAUUUGCAAAGUAACACCUCUUCGGAAAAUGGCUGCUGGUGGUUGUCUUGCUGCUUUAGCCUUUGUUUUGGCUGGACUAUUGCAAUUAGAAGUGAACAAAACGAUGGAGUCGCAUCCCGAGCAUGGUAAAGUGAUCCUACAAUUAAUCGGUAACUCUUCGUAUAGCUACGAGAUCAACGGAACAGAACUUACUUUUGGCAAAACCGAUUUUCCAGAAGGUCUUUAUACUGUAACAUCGAGUUCGAUCGAAAAUGCUCAAAGUUUUCAAUUGAAUUUGUCAAGUGCUGGAUCUGGAUAUGUUCUCGGAUUAUUUGAAUCAUCUCGAAAUAAGAACAGUUUUUCCUCUUUCCCCUAUAGCUGUGAAAAAACCGAAAACGGUGGGACACGAUUGUAUCUUAUGGUUGCAGAUGACUCCAUACUAGCAAAUGGAAGUUUUUACAUUGUCGAUGCUCAUGGGAACAUUCAUCAAAAAGCAGUUACCAAAUCAGGUCAACAUUUGGAUAUCCGUCCGGCACUAAUCAGUUCACCGGAAUAUGUGUUAAAAAUUGGCCCUGGUAAUUGCUCGGUUACUGAUUGUCCAUACAAUUAUACUCUUUACGCAGAAGCUGGUGGUGCUCAUGUAGUGUACAUCACCGAUAAUGCCAUUGAUAUCUACACUGUUGUCAGACCAAACACGGUCAAUAUCCUUUGGCAACUACCGCAAUUUUUUGUCAUAACCGUUGGUGAAGUGUUAUUUUCGGUAACUGGCUUGGAAUUCUCAUACUCACAAGCAGCACCAAAUAUGAAAUCUGUAUUACAGGCCAUUUGGUUGAUGACAGUAUUCUUGGGAAAUGUGAUAGAUAUGCUAAUUUCUGGAUCCCAUAUUGUUGCCGAACCGGCAACCGAAUUUUUCGUCUAUGCUUUUAUGACGGUUAUUGUAAUUGGAGUAUUCAUCGGACUUGCAAUUAGAUAUGACUACAAUAACUAUAAGGAAGAUAAAGAUGCACAGAUGGAAUACAUCGAAAAGCCGUUAUCUCAGGACACUAUAAUGAAAAGUGGCAUACUUUCCGGCAACAUUCCGUCAUAA